GAUGUAUGUCCGGUGUAACGAAUCAGCGCGCUGAAUUCAAUAAACUGUCGGUUCUCUGACUGACAGCACUGAGGAACGUCGGUAGUUUCGUGAGCACCACAACUUUGGUCGAUGUUACUAAUUCACUUGACAACGUAAAAGUUGUAAGUUUUACAGGAAUGGAGAUGGGAAACCAAAAACAAAACAUCAUUGUGGAGGUCCAUGUUAAAUCACACAGCACAGCCAAACUGUCUGAGGUGAAGAUGCAUGUUCUGGCUCUACUGAAUCGCCACAGCAUGGUUUUUGGUAACUACAGGUGGACAGAGUUUGAUGAAGACUUUCUCAGGAAACAUGUGGAGUCUGUGGCUAUUGUUGAUCUUGAGGAAAUGAUAACACAGCCCCUUGAUUUGAAAAGCUGCUCUGUUUCCGUUCACAUCUUCACUCUGAAUGAGGACGGCCCCAGCACACUCAGUUUGGAAGAUGACGAGGAACUUUCAGCAGCAAAUCACUGGUUGUUGCCAGCAGCUGAAUUCCAUGGGAUUUGGGAGAGCCUGGUAUAUGAGAGUGGAGUCAAAACCCAGCUCCUGGAUUAUGUCACAACAACAAUUUACUUCUCAGACAAAAAUGUCGACAGCAACCUGAUUUCAUGGAACCGUGUCGUACUGCUUCAUGGACCCCCGGGCACAGGGAAAACGUCACUGUGCAAAGCGCUUGCCCAGAAGCUGUCAAUCAGGCUGUCGAGUCGGUAUUCUUAUGGCCAAUUUGUUGAGAUAAACAGCCACAGCUUGUUUUCAAAGUGGUUUUCAGAGAGUGGCAAGCUGGUCACGAAGAUGUUUCAAAAGAUCCAACAACUGAUUGAUGACAAAGACGCUCUUGUGUUUGUUCUCAUUGAUGAGGUGGAGAGUCUGACAGCAGCUAGGAAUGCCUGCCAGGCGGGAACAGAGCCCUCUGACGCCAUUCGAGUGGUCAACUCUGUUCUCACUCAGCUGGACCAGAUCAAACGACAUUCAAAUGUCGUGAUCCUGACAACCUCCAAUGUGACAGAAAAGAUUGACUUGGCGUUUGUGGACCGAGCUGACAUCAAGCAGUACAUCGGACCACCAUCUGAGAAGGGCAUCUACAACAUCUACCUCUCCUGCCUCGAGGAGCUAAUGAAGUGCCAGCUAAUCUACCCCCGGCAGCAGCUGUUUACCAUGUUUGAGCUCGAGACGAUGGGGUUCGCUAAGAGUGAGGUGUCUGAACACAGCCUGAACCUGAGGAACAUUGCUCUAAAAAGCAAAGGUUUGAGUGGAAGAGCACUCAGGAAGUUACCAUUUCUUGCCCAUGCGCUGUUUGUGAAGUCACCGACAGUGACUCUUGAGAGGUUUCUGGAAGCUAUGGAUCGAGCAGUGGAUAAACAGAGGGAGGAAAAAGUGAACCUGGUCAACGGUAUCUGAAUUUAUUACAAUGCCCAAAGGCUGACAUGUGAUUGUUUAUGAGCUCUCAAUCCUGUGCCCUGUUUGUUUGUGGUUUGGAAAACUACAACCAUUACAUCCUUUUUUUUUCUUUUUUUUUUUUUUUUAAAUAUACCAUCAAAUCAACUUAUUUUCCAGCACUACGCUAAAUAUACUGUCUUGGCAAAUUACAAUGUUUUAACAAAUGCUAUCUAUAACAUGAAAGUCUUUAUUCAGGUCAUUUUGUUGGUGCUACCUUAGAAGACCAAGUCAAGGCAGUUUGGUUGUAAAUGGAGUGCCCAGUGCUUGAAUUUUCUAUGUGCUAUUAACUGUUUACUUCUCUCAUUUUCAAAGUGUUUGAUAUUGUCAUGUAUCAUACAGCUUUAACCUGCCAGCUUUUUUGGUCCUCAUGUUGAAGCGAUGGUUUGGAUAUUUAUUGGCAUAAGUUACUUCCUCUUGGUGACGUUGGUGCACAGAUGUGGGCUGUGAGUCUGUGAGUAGUUUUGUUGGAGAUAUUCCAUUGAAGCAGCUUGUCAGACAGAAAUGAAUGGCUGUUCCACAAUGGGUCUGAAGCCUCAACGUAUUGUGUUAGUACUAUGUUAGGUUGUUGUUUUUUUUUUAAGUUAACUUGCUCCAUUUAGCACUGCUUAUUUCUGUCUGACAAGCUGCUAUCUCCAUGCAUCUAUUGACUGAGCUAAUGUCCAUGCAGAACACCAUCUUAUGUCAAAAAAAGCGAACUGUCAGCUUAACACACUUUUUUUUAACCUCUGUUCAUGCGUUUUAAAAGGGACAUUUCUCUUAAUCCAUUAGUUUAGAACAAAAAAUUUUCAUUUUUCAUUGUCAGUUCUAUAUUUAUGCUAACAUCAACUCCUCUUAAGACUAUGUAUUCAUGUGUUCAUUACAACUUUAUUUUGUACAUAACAUUGUAAUAAACAAUAUUGUUUAUA